GGGCACAGCUGCGGAGCGGUCGGCGGCGGGGGCCCGGAGCGCGGCGCUGCGGGGAGAGCGCGAGGCAGCCCCCUCCUCGGGAAGCCCCCGGCCCGGCUAGGGGAGGCCGGCGCGGGGCGAGGCGGGGAAGGGGCCGGCGGCCAAUGCGAAAUUGGCUGGUGCUGCUGUGCCCGUGCGCGGUCGGGGUCGCGCUGCACCUCUGGCUGCUGCUCGGCGGCCCCUGGAGGCACCCGGCAGGUCCACUGGCUUUCUUUCCUCAGUGGGAACUGAAACAUUAUGAUGUUAUCGUCGGUGUAUUAUCAGCUCGACAUAAUCAUGAGCUGCGGAGUGUUAUAAGGAACACUUGGUUCAAGCACUUGAAACAACAUCCAGCGCUGAGCCCUCGUGUCCUUGUGAAGUUUAUAAUAGGUGCACAUGGCUGUGGUGUGCCGGUGGAGGACAGAGAAGAUCCUUAUUCCUGCAAACUUCUGAACAUCACUAACCCAGUUUUGAAUCAAGAAAUCGAAGCAUUCAGUCUCCCUGAAGAUACGCCUUCAGUGCUUUCUGAAGACCGCAUUGUCAGUGUGAACUUCCGAGUUCUUUACCCCAUUGUCAUUACCAGUCUUGGGGUAUUCUAUGAUGCUGAUGGUGUGGGAUUCCAGAGGAAUAUCACUGUAAAACUAUACCAGGCCGAACAGGAGGAAGCUCUCUUCAGUGCUCGCUUUAGCCCACCUAGCUGUGGAGUGCAAGUUAACAGAUUGUGGUACAAACCUGUAGAACAGUUCAUUUUGCCAGAGAGUUUUGAAGGUACUAUUGUGUGGGAAAGCCAGGACCUUCAAGGCCUUGUUUCUAGGAAUCUUCACAAAGUGAUGGUUAAUGAUGGAGGAGGAGUUCUCAGAGUCUCUACGACAGGGGAAGGUUCAUGGCCACAUGAAUUCACAGAUGGUGUGGAAGGAAUAGCAGGAGGCUUUAUUUACACUAUUCAAGAAGGUGAUGCUCUUUUACAAAGCCUUCAUACUCGCCCUGAGAGGUUUGUAAACCACUUAAAAAACCUUGAAGAAGAGGAUGCAUUAUUGAAGGAAGAAAGCAGCGCCUAUGGCGAUAUUGUUUUUGUAGACGUUGUUGAUACCUACAGAAAUGUUCCAGCCAAAUUACUGAACUUCUACCGAUGGACAGUAGAAUCAGCUAACUUUGAUUUGUUGCUGAAGACAGAUGAUGACUGUUACAUAAAUUUGGAAGCUGUGUUCAACAGGAUAAUGCACGAAAAACUCGACAGGCCAAAUAUCUGGUGGGGCAAUUUCAGACUAAAUUGGGCAGUUGAUCGGACAGGGAAGUGGCAAGAACUGGAGUAUCCCAGUCCAGCAUACCCUGCCUUUGCCUGUGGGUCUGGUUAUGUUAUCUCCAAAGACAUUGUUCAAUGGUUGGCAAGCAACUCUGACCGACUCAAGACAUACCAGGGUGAAGAUGUGAGUAUGGGCAUUUGGAUGGCAGCUAUAGGGCCUAAACGAUAUCAGGACAGCCUCUGGUUGUGUGAGAAGACAUGUGAAACUGGAAUGCUAUCUUCCCCUCAGUAUUCCCCACAGGAACUAACAGAGCUCUGGAAAGUGAAGGAAUUAUGUGGAGAUCCUUGUAGAUGUGAGGAAAGAUGAUAGAUACCACCUUAGUAGUCCUGAUUGGGUGUUUAAUAGUGGAAAUUUCACCUAUAAUGUAAUUAAUAUUUGCUAAUCCAUUUUGAUAAAAAUGGACUGAUGCUGUCCAGAGUAGCAUUUUUCUAUAGGUGAGAUGUUUGUUAGUUUAUCUUAAACUUUUGGUUUUGUCAAUUUCCUUUUUUAUAAAGUUAAAGGACUAUUGGUAAUUAAUGCACAUAUGAAUUCCAACAAGCUUGUUUGGAAUGUGUAUUAGGAUGAUAAUAGUGUAGAACCAGUGCUAUACAUGAGUCAGCAGGUGCAAGGUUCCAUGCCAGCACAUCCCUUUACAGGAUUAAUGUAAUCCACAACCGCAAACUGGGGGAGGGUUGUAACCGGGUACUUGCUCAUGUGGGGUUGGGAUAGUUAGAUUUUAGGACUUAUAUUGAGUUUGUGUAUACUUUUUAGUGAUUUGGAUGUAAGAUAUCAAACUUUGCUUAUACCAAAUCUUGAACUACAGCAAAUAAUAACCAGAUUCAAAGGAAUUUGCAUCUUUCUGAUGACUAGAAAAAAGUUUGAUCAACAUACAGAGAAUAUCCAUUAAACUGCAUAACUUGUCAGCAUAUUGCACAGCUAUUUUGAAUAAAUUCUCCAAUUCAGCAGCUUAAUCUUAACUGUGAUCUUUUUCCCUAUAGAUGUGUAAAUAGGAUACAGCAACAAGGAGAUAAGAAUACUGAUCUAAACUUUCCACACACUUAUCUAGCUAGCUCUGGUCUUUUCUCAAAGGCUUCCUUAGAAGUAUUCCUUAAAUUAUUUCCUCUCUCCCUUAAAGCAGAGUUUAAGUGCCCUUUUCUAGUGCAACAGUAGUUGUCCUUGUGGCUUUAUGCUUGCAGGUAUUACAAAUGAAAAUGAGAUUUUAAAUUACAUGUUCUGAGUAAAAUACAUGGGUGGGUCUGCUUAAAAUUGAUUCUUCUAUAGAAAUUCUCACCAGUGCAGCAUAAAACUUGAAGAAACCUGCAUGCUAAUAUUCCAUUUAAUCUGGGAAUUAUGCACCUCUAAAACUCACAGGUACUAAUUUUUUUAAAAAUAUACAUGCAGGAGUUACAAGCAUCAUUUCAAAUAGGCCUCUGUCCCUGUUUAUGAAAUCCACGUUAAAUACGUACAGGAAGAGUGGUAGAAAUUGUAGAUGCUCUUCUGGGGUAGGCUUGGGCUGAACAGCACUGUGCAUCUUCAGAAGAGACCAGUUAAAAAAAAAAA